AUGACGACCCUCACAGACCCAACCAACGCCACCCGCGCAACCCCGAACAUCCCCAUCGAGAAAGCAACCCUCCACAUCGGCAGCUCAACCUUCAUCAGCGCGCCCUCCCAGGAAGUCUGGGCCGCACUCAUAAACACCUCAACCUGGCCGAGCUGGAACGCCUUCGUACCACGCGUAACCAUCCGCUCCCAGCCAGACCCAGACCCAUCCCCAUCCACCUCCGCACCGGACCCAACACCAACACCAACGCCGGCACCGGCAUCAACCACCCAAUCCUCAAACACAAACCUAUCCCCAAUCCUCCAAAAAGGAACAAAAUUCACCUUCCACGUCCGCAUGGACCCAACCUCCACCAAGCCCCAGCCUUCAACAGACGUACACCUCCUCAUAAGCGAAUUCAGAGCGCCGAACGCAGACACCGGCGAAGAAGGCCGUAUCGUUUGGCGCGCUGACCCCGAUGCACCGGGUGCGCUUUCGCCAUCACUUUUGACAGCUGAGCGCGUGCACGAGAUUACGGCUGUUGAGGGCGGGACGGAAGUGCGGAAUUGGGAGGCACAGGUUGGCUGGUUGGUCUAUGUGGUGCGGUGGAUGUACAAGGCUAAACUGCAGGCGAACUUUGAGAUGUGGGUUGCUGAUUUGAAGGGAUUUGUUGAGGGUGGCAGCAAGACCGGUUCUUCUUGA